GAGGCCUGAUGGUGUCAGCUGACACGAAGUCUAGUGAGGCCUGAUGGUGUCAGCUAUAUUGAAUACAAUACACACAGUGACUCUUGAAUAGACUGCCGCUUUGGGGCUACGCAGCAAAUCAACAUCGUUAUGAAUAUCAUCAAUGCGACUGAUUGAACCAAGCAUGCAAUAGAAGGAUAGCAGUGCAAAAAGGACAUUACAUUUUAUACUAUAUGUUUUUAUACACGAAACCCUAAUUGGUUUGUAUGGAAGACUGUAAGCGUUAUAGUUGAAAGAAAGAAUGCAGAUAUUGAAUGGUUUUUGUCAAAGAAAGGCACCAGAAAUUGUGAACAGAACCAUAGUGAGUAUCAUGACGGUGCUAUAAUGCAAUUUGUUGACAUUUCAGUGAGUUUUGGUUGACUCAUGCGAUGGCAGUAAUUAAGGCCCCUAAUAGCUGGCUAAGUAGAGAGUAGGUCAUAUCUGAAACACGCGUUUAACGUGGGGUCACGCAGAAAGAAGGCAUCAUAUAUGUGACAUAAACAUCUGAGACCGUCAUACGGAGUUGUCCAUGGACUACACUCACGAUAUUUCGCACUAUUGUAAAUCAUAGACUUUCUAUGAUCAUAAAUCGAAAUGGGAUCUAUGCACGAGGGCUUAUUGAGAGGGGCCCAAGGGCUCCUUACUACGAUGUACAAGGACGUGUGGGAGGUGCCGGGAGUUCGGGAGGAGGAGCAGACGGCAGGGGAAGAAGAGCAGACGGCAAAUGGGAAGGAUCAGACGAGAGACCAAGAUUCGGGUUUUAGCAGACCCCCCGUGGUUUCCCGCCCUAACUCUGUCACCAAGCGGAAGCGGACGACACAGCGAUGUCCUUUGCCCCUCACACCUGCACCGCAAGCAGACGACACUCGGACAGAUGACACUUUCAAGGCAGACGACAGUUUGCAGAGAGUGGACAUGGCUACGAGAAACGGGUUUUCACAGCUUAAUAUGAAUACCUUGCACCGGCUUGGCUGGUCACAGGAGGAAAGUGGGGACACAGGUCAAAACGAAAUUAAAGAUGACGGGGAUUCUCUUUACAAGAUAACAAAGGUGGAGUUUAGGCGAUUCAGCGAACAGGUUCGAGAUGUGAGCAUGAAUUUGAAGAACCGAUUCCGGUCUUCUGCCUAUCAGAAGCUGUACAGUUCAGGCAAACCCGGGGGAGGAGGAGGCGGGGUCGUCGGAGGAGGAGGUGGGGUCGGAGGAGGAAGGACGGGGGACAGUCUCAACCAGGUGUAUCACAGUCACCUGGCCGCAAGCCUCAAGGCCUUCCAACACAAACAGUGGCUGCCUCUCAAACAUGACGAGUUCGAGCCCACAAUCACCCGAUGCAGGCCCAUCAGCGGAAGGGCCGACAGACGACCCCCAUCAAGUCGGCCAUCAAGCGCCGUGCCAAAGCCCCCUCAGCGACCACGAUCCGUGCCCCCGGGGGCAUACCGCCCCUCCUGUGGCCUGAGGACGAGCGAGACCCUUGACGUAACCCCGGGAGAUUUCGAUACCCUGAGCCCCAAUGUCCUGGCCGACCUCCUAGGGAGGAGCCGAAUCACUCCCCACAACUUUGGGGACAGAGUUAAAGAUGAUGAUGUGAGCACCAGUGGGAUAGACAGUCCCAACUCCGAUAAUCAUGAUUCUUCGUCUGACUCUGACAGCGAGCCCGAGCCGCCGGUAGAUAGCAAUAGACCGGUGCCCCAACUACAACUGCGACCAGAAAAGUUGGAUGCCAUCUAUGUGCCUGAGGAUCGAAGGGACAGACGUAGGUUCGACUUCGACGCCGAGCAUGUUGACAUUCCUGCUUACGAGUUUGAAACGACCUUGCCUGAGCCAUUUGGUCGUUUAGAUCUGAAGGUGAUAGCACGCCAGAAAUACGACUGGCGGGACAUACUGUCAGUGAGGCCCAUGGCCAAGGCCGUUGAGACAAUUCUUGACCGUUUAGUGGACAUUGAGAAGCUUCAAAGUGAAACGGUCGAAUGGGAGACCAAGAGAUUGCGACAGAGGACCAAACAAAGAGUCCCAAGUGCUAAGUCACGUGACAGGCGGUGCUGUAACAACUGCCUUCAGCCUGCAUGUGUUGGGGACUGUCCCGAAAAGGCACUGCAGCCAAAUACUUGCACCCUGUGCCGCCAGCAACUAUGUACCGGAAGUUGUCAUGACAACAGGUACGAAGCCUACAUGAGGCAAGUUCAUCAAGAAGAACAGAUCGAAUCAAUUCUCAGCAAUCCCGUGCCCCGUAUAUGCAUCACGUGCCAGAAGAAGCAUAACGCCAAACUCAUCAACGCUAACAACGCAAUCUUACGACGGCCCAAGUCAGGCAACACAACUUACAGUCGAGGACGUGGUUCCGUCAAACCCCGUGACCUGCGACCUCGCUCUGUAACCGACGUGACCAGUGAAAUCAUCAAAGACAUUGAGAAGCUUGGCGUGGAGCCCCUACAGCCGGGUCGGCCCAACACAGGCAAGUAUCAGCGACCAAGGAGCAGGAACUCACUACUGCCAGGGAAGUCAUACUUCUCCAAUAGAAAAGACUCUCUCACUGAACUUGAAAAGGCGAGAAAAAGAAAACUUAGAUCUCUCCGUGUAAAGCGGCCUAAAAGUGUUGUCUGAUGUUUAUUAGUCUUAGGUCGCAAAUGUACGUUAUAACUUGUUGUAACUUAUGCGCUUUAUGUUAAAGCUUGCUUUUGCGAAUGUAAAUAUAACGCCACUUGUCAAUUUCUAAAUAAACAGAAAGUAGUAUACCGAAAA